UACAUUCGUUUGGAUCAAAUACCUUUCUAGAAGUUGAAUUCAUGUUAUAUCGCGCAUUUAUUGUGUACUACGCAGAGCGUGUUGAUUUUGUUUCUAAAGCCAAUUUUUGUGCCAUUUAAUUUUCUGAAAUGAUCCUGAUGAGGUAGAUUGGUUAGAUCUUCGACCUCAGGAAGUUCGUAUUCAUCGUUGGUUAAAAUCUUUUUUAUUUAUUAGUAGACACUAAUUACCCAAUAGCGAAUGGAAGUAUAAACAUUGUGCCGUACCGGUGAAUUUACCGACCACUACAGGGAGUUGGUUCGUGGUUCGAAGUACAACGGAAGCUCAACCUCAACUGCGUUCACGUGAAAGCACACCACAGAAACAUUGACAUGUUUUGGAAAUACAGUGUGCCAGUGCGUUAUUUCGCAUUGUAUCUUAUUUUAUGUCAGAUUGGAUUACUAUUAUGUAUGGAGAAAGAAAUGACUAUUAGCAUAGAUCCACGACGAGAAGAAUGUUUUUACCAAACAGUACAAAAGGGACAAGUCGUAGAUGUAGAAUAUCAAGUGAUUGAUGGUGGACAUGGUGAACUUGACAUUAACUUUCAUUUGGCUUCUCCAUCUGGGAAAAUAAUAGUUUCAGACUUCAAAAAAUCUGAAAAUUCUCAUAGAACUGAAGUUACUGAAGAUGGUGACUACAAAAUAUGUUGGGAUAAUACAUUCAGUCACAUUAGUCGAAAAACUGUGUUUUUUGAAAUAAUCAUAGAAAGUGAUGAUGAAGAAAAUGAAUCGUGGGAUAUAGAUUUCGAUAAUUAUGAUUCAUUGACUCCCGAAGAAUUGUAUGAUAUGAAAUUACAAGAUAUUCAGGAUGCAAUUUCAAGAGUACGAGGUCACCUAAACAAAAUACGUCAUUUACAAGAUACUGUCAGAGCAUUUGAAGCACGUGAUAGAAACAUUGCAGAAAGUAACUUUUUUAGGGUGAAUUCUUGGUCCAUUAUUCAAAUAAUAAUUAUGCUCAUUGUUGGCUUUGUACAGCUUCACUUUGAGGAUAGAUUCUAA